CCUCUCGAACUUUCUAUUUUUCUCAAAGAAGCUGAUCCGCAGUGAUCAGAGUGGCUGCGUUUGAUCGCUGUGAUGAAAAACUCGGUUUCCAGAGAUUGUUUGGUUAUUUGAGGGUUUAAGGACUUGUUUAGGAUUUUUCUUGAUGGGGGCAGGGAGGAAAACACAAACGAUCAAUAUAAAUGGAAGCGGUCCAACUAAUCCAAACCCAGUGGCUAGCCAUUUUUCUUCUCGAAGUUUACAAAAGAAUCAACUUGGUGGGGUAAUAUUUGGUUGCACGAUCAACACUAUCAAGGAAUGUCUCUCCAGUCAACUAUUCGGUUUACCAGGCCUUCACUUUCCAUAUGUGAAGAAUAUUGAUCCUGGCUUGCCAUUGUUCCUGUUCAACUACAGUGAUAGAAGACUGCAUGGAAUAUAUGAGGCGGCUAGCCCUGGCCGCUUGAAUAUUAACCCAUAUGGGUGGACAACUGAUGGUUCAGAGAAAACACAAUAUCCUGCACAGGUUCAGAUUCAUGUCCGGCAGCAGUGCCAACCACUCCUUGAAGAACAGUUUAAGCCAAUAAUUGCAGACAAUUACUAUACUCGUGGCCAUUUCUGGUUUGAGCUAGACCACACUCAAACAAGCAAGUUGAUAUUGCUGUUAGCAUCUUCAGCAGUUGCCUCAAUUCCUUAUGUACCACAGAAUGAGGCAUCACAUAGAAACUUAUUUCAGCUGCUUCCCUCAACUGGGAUGAGAGAGGAGGGUCAAGCGUUUGAGAAAUUUCAUCCGGAGAUUGAGCAUUCUAAUCGCUCAAGUAGGAACUCAGAUUCUAUAGAUAUUGCUCCUUCUUUUGACGGAGACUACCAAACCCUGGAAGCUAGGUCUAAUGUGGAGGUAGUGGAACAAGAUGAGAAAGAUAUCGUGUUUAAGAAACUGCAAGAAUUGGCUCUUAAACGUGAAACUCAAAGGUAUUCCUAUGUAGAAGAUUCCAGUGUCACAGAUAAUAAGCAUUUGGAGGACAAGAGUUUUCCUGGGGAACAAUUGGGCAUAGAGGAGAGGAAUGAGGAGAGUCUGCCUUCCUCAUCUGAUUGCCAGUCCAUCAUAACUCAGUUGAUUCAAGGGAUGGAAGAGCUUAAGACAUUCAAAGAAGAUCAGACUAUGAAGAUCGGUUAUUUGGAGCAUAAACUGGCAGAGGCAGAAAAGGAAAUUCAACAGUUGAAAAAUCGAUGUAUGUUGCUGGAGUCUGGUUCUAAUCCUUCUAUGGCAGAUGUUGAUGAAUUGGUGGUUGAAUCUGUUGGUGGUCUCGAUCAAGAUACUUCGGAGUCUAUAUAUCUAAUAGGGGGUUAUGAUGGUCAAUCAUGGUUAUCAUUGCUGAAUUCUUAUUUUCCGACACAAGAUGUAUUAAAAUCCUUAAGCUCAAUGAGUUCAGUUCGUUCAUAUGCUUCAGCUGCACAGUUGAAUGGGGAGCUUUAUGUGCUCGGUGGUGGAGAUGGAAAUGGGUGGUAUGACACAGUUGAAUCAUUCAACCCUGCUAGUGAUAACUGGAUGUUUCGCCCCUCCUUAAAUGAAAGAAAGGGAAGCCUGGCUGGAGCUUUGGUAAAUGACAAGAUAUUUGCAAUUGGUGGUGGGAAUGGGAGUAAAAGCUUUUCAGAUGUUGAAAUGCUUGAUUUAGAUGUUGGUCGAUGGAUCCCAACACGAUCAAUGCUGGAAAAGCGUUUUGCUCUUGCCGCUGUUGAACUUAACGGGGCCCUUUAUGCUACUGGUGGAUAUGAUGGAAAUGAUUAUUUGAAUUCUGCUGAAAGAUUUGACCCCAGAGAACAUUCUUGGACUAGAAUUGCCAGUAUGACAAAGAGGAGGGGUUGCCAUUCAUUGGUGGUUUUGAACGAGAAAUUAUAUGCUCUUGGUGGUUUUGAUGGAAAGACAAUGGUUCCAAGUGUUGAUAUAUUCGACCCUCGUACUGGAUAUUGGAUUAGCGGAGAGCCAAUGAAGGAGCCCAAGGGAUAUUUCGCUGCUGCUGUUGUCAAAGAGUCCAUUUAUGUUAUCGGAGGAGUGAAAAAUGGUGAUGUCGUUCUGGACACGGUUGAACAUUUUAAGGAGGGCCAGGGUUGGCAAGAAACCAAGUCAGAGGCAAUAGGAAGAAGAUGCUUCUUGUCAGCGAUUGUUUUGUAGUCACGCAAACAGAUGACAAUGUUCGAGGGUAGAGCUUCCUGCCAAUAUUCAAUUUGGUGGCGAUUUGGAAGGAAUGGUUGGUCUUUGGAUGAAAGAUUUGUCUGUGCAGUGAAAUAGUUGGUUCCACAUCAAUGUGCUCAUCAUUGUGUUUGGAUUAUUAAAUUUUGUUCUCAAUCUUAAAAGAGGCAGCUUAUAUUUCGUCAUGAAAAACUGCGGCUCGUGUACAGGCGUACAGUAAGAAUGCCUACUUGUGGGAACAAUUGUUCCUCCAUACGAGGUUAACUGCACCUGAGAAUGCCUACUUUUGGGAACCAUUGUUCCACGGAAUUUGUCAUAGCUGAUCACACAUUAAUUAGUAGAUUUAAUAUCAGAGGAUAGUGAUAUCUGUUUUGGCAUAAGGAAUGAAUUUGAUUUAAUAAUUUUGCUCGAGAA